AUGCCGAAAGAGAGUGGGAUUUAUGAUCACGCUGAUAUGGAUUGUUGGCAUGGGAUGAUACCCGAUGAAGAUACUGCAAUGUUGUUAAAGAACAGUGGUGAUUUUUUAAUGCGAGCUGUGGAACAUGAUCGUGGCUAUAAAAUAACACUGAGUAUCCGAUGGGGUAAUGAAGUUGUUAAUUCUGAAAUUGUUCCCGGUAUACAAGGUGGUUAUAAAUUCCAAGGAAAACAUUUUUGUCAGACGAAAGAUUUAAUUGAUUCAUAUCAGGUAACAAAGCGCCCUUUGACGGUAAAUAGUAUUGUAGUGACACUUGAAAUACCAAUUCGUCGUCAACACUGGGAAUUGCAACAUAAAAUGAUAAGGCUAGGUAAAAAAAUUGGCAGCGGAUCAUUUGGUACUGUUUACAAGGGAGCUAUUACAAUCGGUAUAAAAAAAUCGAUAACGGUAGCCGUAAAAGAACUAACUGAAAUAACGGCUGAAGCAAGCAAUGCUUUAUGGAGAGAAGCAAGGGUGAUGCGAAUGUAUGACCAUCCAAAUGUGGUAAAGUACUACGGAGUAGCAAAUGAUUAUACGCCUUAUUAUUUGGUGAUGGAAUUUGUUUCCGGCGGAGCAGUGGACGAAUAUCUUUGCAAGAAAGGGAAAAAAAUUGCAGCAAAAGCUCGAGUAAAGAUCCUGCAAGAGGCAGCUAUUGGCCUGGAAUAUUUGCAUCGUCAAAAAUGCCUACACCGUGACAUCGCUUGCCGAAAUCUGUUAAUUGGUGACACUAUCAAAGUAGCUGAUUUCGGCAUGACAAGGCACACAAAAAUUUACAAAAUUGAUCCUAAUAAACCGUUGAAUUUGCGUUGGUUAGCACCUGAAGCAUAUGACAAAGGGAUUGUCAACAAGGCAACAGAUGUUUAUGCAUACGGUGUAACGAUGUACGAAUGCUUUACAGUGCCAUAUUGUAUACCAUACAGGGAAUGGGAAGCUGAUGAGGUGUAUAAUAAAGUUAUAAUAGGAGGUUAUCGAUUAAAACCACCUAAAAUGAUGCCUGAGGUGCUUGGUGAUUUAAUGAAGGAAUGCAUUGGGCCUGAGAAAAACAGGCCAACAUUUAAAGAGAUCAUUAUUGUGUUGACGUCAUAUUUGGAAGAUAAAUUAUAA